CGGCUCGGCCGCCAUCUUGCUGCCCCGCCCCCCGCGGCAGCCGAGCGCCAAAGUCAAAGCGCAAGAUGGCGGCGGAGAGUCUGUUCGGCCGGUUGGUGCCGGUGCAGGUGAAGUGCCAGGGCUGCGAGGACAGGAGGAUAAAUGUUCGAGUGAGGAUUGAGCUACAAUCAACAUCGAAUCCUGUUCAUAAAAAGGACUUAGUUGUCCAGUUGACUGAUGAUACUGACCCCUUUUUCCUUUAUAACCUUGUUAUAUCUGAGGAAGAUUUUCAAAGUUUAAAAUGCCAGCAGGGUCUUUUGGUAGAUUUCUCUGCUUUUCCGCAAAGAUUUAUAGAUCUACUUCAGCAGUGCAUUCAGGAACAAAACAAAGAUACCCCAAGGUUUUUGCUGCAAUUAGUUUCUUCAGCAUCUGUUUUAGAUCACGCACCUGCUUUUUUAAAUGUAGUGGAGACAAACCCAUUUAAACAUUUGACACAUCUCUCACUAAAAUUCCUGCCAGGAAAUGAUGCAGAUAUAAAGAAGUUUUUAGCAAUCUGUUUGAAAUGUAUUAAGGAAGAAAAGUCAUUAUUGGAACAAAAGUUUAAAAAAACUGAAGAUGACCUUACCAGACAGCUGAGCUACACACAGCAGAGCUUGUCAGAAAAGAGCCGGGAAUUAGAUAAGUUGAGAAGUGAAUGGACGUCACAUACAACAACGCUAACAAAUAAGCACACUCAGGAAUUGACAAAUGAGAAGGAGAAAGCUCUCCAGGUGCAGACUCAGUACCAACAACAACAUGAACAACAGAAAAAGGAACUGGAAAGCUUGCAUCAGAAAAGUAUCCAACAGCUACAGAAUCGACUCUCAGAACUAGAGAUUGCCAACAAGGACCUAACAGAAAGGAGAUACAAAGGAGACUCCACAAUUAGAGAACUUAAAGCAAAACUCUCUGGGAUAGAAGAUGAGUGCCAGAGAGCAAAGCAAGAAGUGCUGUCGUUGCGUCGGGAGAAUACUACUCUGGAUGCUGAAUGCCAUGAAAAAGAGAAACACAUUAAUCAGCUACAAACACGAGUUGCUGUUUUGGAACAAGAGAUCAAAGAUAAGGACCAGCUAAUUAUUAGGACAAAAGAAGUAUUAGAUGCAACACAAGAACAAAAGGUGAUACUGGAAGAAAAUACAGAGAAGAAACAAGUUCAUGUAGGAAAACUUGAAGCAACAAUAAAGUCAUUAUCGGCUGAACUUCUUAAGGCUAAUGAAAUUAUCAAGAAGUUACAAGGAGAUUUGAAAACGCUAGUGAGUAAAUUGAAAUUGAAAAAUACAGUAACAAUUCAGCAAGAAAAACUCUUGGCUGAAAAAGAAGAGAAACUACAGAAAGAGCAAAGGGAACUUCAGGAGACUGGACAAUCUCUUCGAGUAAAAGAGCAAGAGGUAUGCAAGUUGCAAGAACAGUUAGAAACUACAGUACAAAAACUGGAAGAAAGCAAGCAACUGCUAAAAACCAAUGAAAAUGUAAUCACAUGGUUAAAUAAGCAACUGAAUGAAAUUCAGAUGGCAAGAAAGCAAGAGAUAUUGGGAACUUCUACCAUUCCACUUAUACAUUCAAGCAAUGGCACUAUUAGAACUGGCACUUCACCUCACAAUAUGCUUGACAACAGACUCCGUUUUACUAGCUCAGGAAUCAGUUACCCCAUCUCUCCAGUAUGCGCUUUCCAAAACUUUCCAGAAACAGCACCUGUGAAAAGUGCCAACCAGCAGGUUUCAGGACCAAAGGUUCAGUUUAACGUGCAGCUUUCAAAAACUAAUAGAAGUACAGACAUUCAGCCAGGAUUUCCUAUUGCAACUGGUCAGUCAACAAAUAAAGAAAAUGGUGAGAAUUUGGGAUUGGAAUUGAAGUAUUUAAAGAAAAGAGAAGACAGCAUUCCUUUACGAGGUCUCAGCCAAAAUACAUUUAACUCCUCAGAGUAUCCGAAAUCCUCCACAUCAACAAAAACAUUAACUUCAUCAAAACCCGGAGUACAGUCUACAGCCUCUGCUUACUUCCCUGGAUUGCAAACAACAUAAUCAUUAAAUGAAAUCUUUUAUUUUACGAACUAUCGAAGAUUUUGGAUGGCUUUUAUUAAGAUACUAAACACAAUUAUUACCCCUUAAAAUGUCAGUCAAAAUGUUACAGUAACCGUGGAAAAUGAGUUAACUUUACUAUACAUUUGUAUAAUCUUUGGCUUUUGUGAAGAAAGCAAAUGGAUUUACAUAGAUUUCAGUAUACAAUUCCAGCCAGAAAAGUAAAAUAUGGAGGGGAAAAAUAUUAACUACUUAAGUCACAUGGAAAUGUUUAGAAAUAAUUAUUCAUAAAAUGAGGCCAAGCCUUUUAAAAGGUUUAUAAAUGGUUACUGAGCAACAAGACCCACAUAGAGGAGUUCGUGUAGUAAACAACCUAUUUUAAUCUUUUCCCCUGCCAAAAAUCCACAAACUAAUGAUAUUGCUAAUAGUUCUAUCAUUAUGCUGAAACUCAGUCCUGCUUGGAGUUUCUCCUUGAAAAUAUCUUGUUACUUUAGGAUCUUGCUCCUGGAUGGUGCAUAGCACCCUCAGCAAUCUCUAAAGUCAGUGGUAGUUGUGCUGGGCAGUUUCCAGAUAUAGGAAACUUCUUUUCCCAAGUUAUUCCUACAUCUGUUUGGAGUUUGAAUCUAAUUUUUGGUUUUUAUACUGAAAGACAUGUUUGCAUAGCAUUUUGAACUUACUACUCUGGGCUCCUUAGCCCCUAAAUCAACACUUGUGUCAGGAUACCAGUGUAAUGACCCAGGUCAGCUAAGACCAGGAGGUGUAUUAUAUUCUCCUUAUACAGGAUUUUGGCAGUGUGGAUCUGCAUUAUUUGCAGAUCCACCAGUCACUCUCCAUGUGUGGAUGAAAUAUACACUCUGGCAUUCAUCUCUGUAACAUGCAGCAGGAUGUGGAGUAGCCUUUUAUUGGCCUGCCACCUAUGAAACACUGUUUCCUGUCAGGGUACAUGUAUACUGUGAUCACAGGAUGUGGUUGCAGUCUUAAGUCGACAUACCUGAACUAGCUUUAAUGAAGCUAGCUCAAAUACAACAGCAAUGAAACUGCUUCACUCUGGACUAGCUCCACAAGUAAUUACUCAGGGUUCUGGGCAGGUUUGUACAGCCCAGACUGAAGCACCUGCUGCAGCUUCACUGCUCCAGUACCCAAACUGGCUGGACUGGGGAUGUCUACUUGAGCUAUAAUCACAACCUGUAAUUGCAAGUAUAGACACAUCUUCAGAAGCUCAGUUACAAGAACGUAAGGGGCAAAAGAGUGAGCACUUUGCUUCUGGCCUAGGACUCAUGCUAAUUUCUUAAACUUGAAGCAUAUUAAAUUCUGUAAAUGUAAGAGUUGAAGCAUUAUGGGAUCACUCAUGUUCUUACAGAGACACAUCCUAGCAUUAAAAUUUUGCAGGACAUUUAUUUAAUGUAGGUUUCAUGUGGUUUCUUUCUCUUUGGCUUGGAAAUUGCUUUCUUAAACCAACUACUUUUUUACAUAUGUGAACAUAUUUGUGUGCAGAUUUAUAUCUUGUGGAUCACUAGUCAGAUAUUUAAAUUAGCUGCUUUAAAAUGAGAUCCUAAAUAUUUACCUCAGUGAAAGCACAAACUUGAGUUAUGGCUACAAAUUUCACAUCUUGUCACAGCCCCUGGUUAUUUUUGUGUGUGUGUGUCUCUCUCUCUCUCUCUCACCAUAACAGAUGAUUCCACAUACAAUGGGCUAGUUUGUAAUACGUUGGAAGUUACAACCAAGUAUCUGAACAACUGUCUUGUUCCAGUAAUUUUAUGAAGCAUUAAUUAGAACAUCUGGAAUCCAUUUCAUAUUCUACUACUGUAAUCAAAGAUGCCUUCAGUGGUGACUACAGCGGUGUACAGAACAUAUCAAGUCAAUUUAACUGUACUUACCACUUAAGUUUGGAUACAUUUUAAUACUUAGGUUGGUUGGUGGAAUCAUGCUACAACCUGAGUCUGUGUUCUUUCCCUGAGUGUCCCAGUGAAGACUGAGGAAGCCAGUUACGUGGAAUUGAGUAGUAAAUUUUUCCCUGCAAUUUAUAUGAACCAUAUUCUAAUUUCCAACUAGAUAACUUAAAAUGACUGUUGGGCAUUUUCCAGUAUCUUGGACUCAAUUUAUGCCCCUAGCUCCUACAAUUGAAUUGUAUCAGAAUCUACUCCUUCUCUUUCCCUUAAUUAUAUAGGCAUGUUUGAGUGGCUAAUCACCCUAAUUUUGCACAUUACUGUCUGUGUAUAACAAACAUUUUGGAGUGUAAAAUUUGUAUAUUUGUUUAUAAUCAAUUUGUAUUUUGUGUGUGUGUGUGUGUGUAUAUAUAGUUGCUUUUGGAAGUGUACAUGUUAAUGGAAAUAUUAAAAUGGUUUCAGUAAAAA